GUUGUGGAUUUUAACUCUUUAAAUCUUCUCUGCAGGAGCCACCCAGCGUGCACCACUCAGCUACUGACAGUUAUGGCGACGAUUGUGAUGGAGAGAAUUGGGCGAGUGUUCAUCAGCCUGCAGCAGAUCAGGGAGGUUCCCCGGAUGCUGACUGAGGCAGCCCCCUCCAUGCCAGGCACUGUAAAAGACGCUGAGGUUCCCCAUUACUUCAGGGAGCGCUUCGUCUGCACCGGCUACCGACCACUCAACCAAAACUGGCGUUACUACUUCCUGUCUUUAUUCCAGCGCCACAAUGAGACCAUCAACAUCUGGACUCACCUGCUGGCGUUUUUAGUUUUCCUGGUUAAAUUGAGCCAACUCGCUGAGACUGUGGACUUUGCUGGCGAUCCUCAUUCGUGGCCCCUGUUGGUCCUGUUCCUGUCCUCCCUGACCUACUCGGCAUUCAGUGUGGCAGCUCACCUACUGGGUGGCAAGUCUGAGCUGUGUCACUAUACCUUCUUCUUUCUGGACUAUGUUGGGGUAGCACAGUAUCAGUAUGGCAGUGCUAUAGUUCACUUUUACUAUGCUGUGGAUGAGAGCUUGCACAGACAUGUGCAUGGGAUCUUCAUGCCCGCUGCCACUGUUCUCAGCUGUCUGUCAUGCCUGGGUUGCUGCUAUGGCAAAUACUGCAACCACAGCCUACCGACCUGGGUGUUGAAGGUGUGCCAGGUGGUGCCCUCAGCACUCGCCUAUGUCUGGGACAGCAGUCCUGUGGCUAAAAGACUCAUGUCAUGGUCUACAGCCAGCAAUGACCCAGCCAUUGUCUAUCACUUUGGCCAGGUGGCUUUCUUUCUUAGUUGCGCCUUCUUCUUCACCUACCCCCUGCUAGAGCGCUGCUUCCCUGGGAGGUGUGACUUUCUGGGACAGAGUCAUCAGAUCUUCCAUGUUUUUCUAUCUUGCUGCUCUCUGUGUCAGAUCCAUGUGUACCACCUCGACUAUGUGGGCCGCAGGGAGCUGUACUCACGCCUGCAUAGGAAUGGGGAGGCUGCUCUCUUUGUGGGACUGUACGUGGUCACUUUAGCUGCAUGUGCGCUAAUUGCUUUAUUCAUUCUGAUGAAAGUCAAACAAGUGCUUGACUUCAAAACCAAGUCCAAAUAAUAGAUUGGCAUAAAU